GGAGAAUCACGCAAAAUUUCCAUACAUUUGUACGAGACUAAUCGAUUAACGUUAAUGCAGUCGCAGGAUUUGGGUUUGGCCGGCAGAGAGUAAAGGAGCACCAAUGAGAGCGACAUCGUUGAUUUUGGUCAUUUCCCUGGCGAUUUCGGGAACUUUGGCUGCAAAGGUUCACAACUGUUCCUCUGCGACAGUUAACAUUGCCAACGACGUGAAUGAGCAGUACAACGUGAUUACCAAGGUGGACGAGAACCACAUCGUAUACACGACUGCGGAGGGCUACGCCUUCAAGAAGGUGGUCGACAACCUCGUUGAGGUGGCUACUUUCGACUUGAAGGCGACGUCACCCAAGACGGUCACCAAGUACCUCAUUGACGAUGGCAUCUACGUGACGGUUGCCAUGGAGCCGUCUCAGCACUUCGCCUACAAAAAGAGAGGAAACGAGUACGUUAAGCUCAACCUGGUCGAAUUCUACGAGAAUGUGCUCUUCAAGGACUUUGAAAAGGUGACGAUCGACGCGGACAAGUGCGAGUCUGCCGUCUACUUCGACGCCUCCUCAUUCGGCUCUGGCAAGAUGUACGAGUUCCCCUCCUCGCUCAAGAGGCCGCUCAAGGUCAUGUCGGCCGGCAAGCAGAUUUUGGGCGUCCCCAAGGAGGUUCUGAUCGACGUGGUAAUUUACGUUAGCGGGAGCGACAAGAUCCUCAGAAUCGGCUACGUCUCUAGGGACGACUCCAGGAUCAAGGAGGUGUUUUACCAAAAGGUCCGCACCUACUGGUCACCAGUUACGGUGUCAGCCGCCGCCAAGGUCCUGCAUGCAAUGAAUUCAGCCUUCCCCGCCGACUAUGAGUCGCUCUACGACGGCUGCCCAGUGCUCACAGUUUUGUUCUCAGUCGCCGCUCUCGCCCUGUUUGUACUCUUUCAGUGAUUGCCAUGAUGGCACUAAUAUGUGUACCUGUG